AUGGUAUUAACACCGCAGGCAAGAUCUCCCAUCUCUUCCGACGACAGCUUCCCAACCGCUCAGCUCUUCCUCUUGGCAAUAUGUCGUGUGGCGGAACCCAUCGCCUUGACCUCCAUCUUCCCCUACUCCUGGGUGAUGGUCAAGGAUUUCCAGAUGGCGAACGGCAAUGAUGCCUCCCUCUACGCUGGCAUUUUGAUCUCGGCCUUUUCUCUCGCUGAAGCCUUGACCGGUAUGUUCUGGGGUGGUCUCUCAGACCGGCUGGGCCGGAAACCCAUCCUCCUGUCCGGCUGCUUCGGCACCAUGGUCUCUCUUCUACUGGUGGGCCUGGCUCCAAACUUCUGGGUUGCUCUUGCUAGCCGAGCUCUUGGGGGCGCACUGAAUGGAAACAUCGGUGUGAUUCAAACCAUGGUCGGCGAGCUUGUGAACAGACCGGAGCAUGAGCGUAAGUCCCCUUCAGUUCUGAUGGACGACGCAUCACCGACUAACGUCGCAAUAAAUGCAGCUCGGGCAUAUGCUGUCAUGCCCUUCGUCUGGUCAAUUGGAACCAUCAUUGGACCAGCCAUUGGGGGUCUGCUUGCAAAGCCCUCAGAAGGUUUUCCCUCCGUCUUUCCUCCUGAUGGUCUUUUUGGAAAAUUCCCUUACCUUCUGCCGAACCUCGUCUGUUCUGUCUUACUUCUCUUUAGCAUCGUCGGCAGCUGGCUGUUCCUGCAGGAGACCCAUCCGGACAUGCAGCCCGGCAGUUCCCACGAGUUUUUCGAGCAUUCGUCAGCAGAGCAACCCCUCCUAGCUACCUCAGGGGCAACCGCCAAUGCAGGGGUAGACCUUCGAGCGGAGUCUUACGGCACCUUCAAUCAGGUCCGUCUGCAGGAGGAUGAGAAUUGGAAUGUGCAGACCGAUGGUUCGUUGCUCGCUGGCAAACAGCCGCAGAAACCCAAAGCUUUCACCUGGCAGGUCACCAUGCUCGUGAUAGCGCUUGCUAUCUUCACCUACCACUCGAUGACCUACGACCACCUCUUGCCUAUCUUUCUUCAGGAUAAGAACACCAAGGGCCUCUCUGCCUUCCGCCACUCGUUCUUUGAUGUCCCCGGGGGUGUCGGUCUCUCAACUCGGACGGUGGGCAUGAUUAUGUCGACUGACGGCAUCAUCGCGCUCGUGAUUCAAAGCGUUAUCUUCCCGGCUCUAGCUCAUUACCUCGGAGUAUGGCGCCUGUUCGUCCUGGUGACAGUGCUCCACCCAAUUGCCUACUUCAUGGUCCCAUUCCUGGUCUUCCUGCCGCGUCACCUCGUUUUUGUCGGUAUCUAUGCCUGUCUCAUUGUUCGAAACAUCCUUUCAAUCAUCGACUACCCCGUUCUCCUGAUCCUGAUCAAACAGGCCAGCCCUGCAGACUCCGUGAUGGGCAAGAUCAACGGCCUCGCAGCCUCUGCCGGAGCCGCAGCCCGCACCGUCUCUCCUCCCGUAGCCGGUUUCCUGUACAGCACCGGAGCGGAGGUUGGCUGCACAGCUAUUGCGUGGUGGGGGAGCAGCUUUGUGGCCUUGAUUGGCGCAUUGCAGCUCUGGUUCAUUCAGCGCAAGAGAUACUCGUCUGCUACCGUCCGCCCUGUCGCGCCCUGCCACUACGUUCCCAUUCCCGAGCAACCGCGCAAGGAGACAGUUCACAUCGUCGUGGCUGAUCCUGCCUCGGAGGGAAGCUGUGCAGAGGCAGCAUCGCCGUCGGCUUAA